AAUAUAAGAUUAUAUAGUUAGUUGAUAGUAUUAUAAUUUUAAAUGUUGGUAAAGUUUAGCCAGAGUGACAUUUCUACACAAAAGGAACUUGGUAAAAAGAAAAAAACAUCUAUAAUUAUAUAUACUCAUAAAUGAGUCAAAAGCUCAAAAUCCAUCGCACAUAGACUUACCUUGUAUGAACGAUUCUUUCUUUAUAUGGAAACUAACCGUUUGAUACUUCAAUCGCAUUUUGUUUCUUCAUUUCCCUUACUACUCUAAAAUAAUGAUUUCUAAUUAAUUAUAAAAAUAUCUUAAUCAAAUUAGCAUGCGCUAUUUGUGUGAUGUAUUUUACCAGAAGAAAACCAUCAAACUGAUGUAAUAUUAGCUUUAUUUUAUUGUUCAUAUAUAUGAAAAUAAAUUACAGAAUUUACAGUUUAAGUUAAUUAUUUUGGGAAAUUGAUUGUCAUCUCGAUCUAAAACAUGCAGAACCGAACAUGGGAGGAAACGUCUUUUAUUAAGCGUUAAUUGGUUUUUGUGGGAUGCAUCUAUUAGUUUUCCCAUUAAUAUUUGUGUCUGUCACAUGGAUGAAUUGAUAGUGGAUCUAUUAAUAAUUUAAUUGCGAAUUUAUUGCGUUACAGGAACAUAUAUAUGUUUAUUAUUACUUUCCCCUCUCAAAAAAGAUCGCAUAUUCACAAUCUUCACGUCUCCUCUUUUCAAAGAAAGAUCAAAUCUUGUACCGACAUGGAUCAACAACAAGAAUCGAAUUCUAUGAAGCAGCUUUUCCCUCUAUCUUCAUCUCCUUUCUUGUCAACCUUCAAGAUCAAGAAACAUAUAUUUGUCGGCAUCUCUCUUCUCGUCAGUUUCUUGAUAUUCUCCGUUACCGUCGUGGAUCUUGUCGGCAUCAAGCCUCAUCUCUGUUUCGAAUUCUUAUCUUCUUCUUUGACGAAGGAACGAAGAAACAACGACGUGUGCGACUAUUCGUAUGGAAAAUGGGUUCGUAGCCGACAACGUGACGUGGACGGAACCUCUUAUGGAGAAGAGUGUCGGUUUCUGGAUCCUGGUUUUCGUUGUCUGAAUAAUGGAAGAAAAGAUUCUGGUUUCCGACAAUGGCGAUGGCAACCACACGGUUGCGAUCUUCCACGAUUCAACGCAAGUGAUUUUCUCAAGAGGAGUCGGAACGGGAGGAUAGUGUUCAUCGGAGAUUCCAUAGGAAGAAACCAAUGGGAAUCUCUUUUAUGUAUGCUUUCACAAGCUGUGUCUAAUCAAUCUGAGAUAUACGAAGUUAAUGGUAACCCUAUAAGCAAGCACAAGGGCUUCCUUUCCAUGCGGUUUCCUGAACAUAACGUAACCGUUGAGUAUCAUAGAACACCGUUUCUGGUCGUGGUUGCUAGGCCACCUGAGAACUCACCGGAAGAUGUCAAGAUGACUGUUAGAGUCGAUGAGUUCAACUGGCAGUCUAAAAGAUGGGUCGGGUCUGAUGUUCUUGUCUUUAAUACAGGACAUUGGUGGAACGAAGACAAAACCUUUAACAUAGGUUGUUAUUUUCAGGAGGGAGGUAAACUGAACAAGACAAUGGGAGUAAUGGAGGGGUUUAAGAAGUCUUUAAAGACAUGGAAGUCAUGGGUUUUAGAGAGACUAGAUCAUGAGAGUAGUUAUGUCUUCUUCAGAAGCUUCUCUCCUGUGCAUUACAGGAAUGGGACUUGGAACUUAGGUGGUUUGUGUGACGCAGAUACAAAUCCAGAGACUGAUAUGAAGAAGAUGGAACCUGACCCUAUUCAAAACACUUAUGUCUCUGAAGUAAUACAAGAAAUGAGACAUGAACAUAGUAAGGUUAAGUUUCUGAACAUUACAUAUCUGACUGAGUUCAGGAAAGAUGCUCAUCCUUCACGGUAUAGAGAACCGGGAACUCCUGAAGAUGCUCCUCAAGAUUGUAGUCACUGGUGCUUACCUGGUGUACCUGACACAUGGAAUGAGAUUCUCUAUGCGCAGCUGUUGGCAAUGAAUUACACAACAAAAUGAAAAGAGGUAUAAGUAUAUAACGCUACUUUCUAGUCACAUCACAUGCCUUCUAUGGGCUCAGUUCCAUGGCAUCUAUAUACAAAGAAGGUGUGCGUACCAGGCCUGGAACAUAUCUUUGAAUUGCAGCUAGCAUAGCUGUGCGAUCAACCGCUGUAACCUGUUCAGAAUAGCUUAUUCAUUAUAUUGGUCCCAUACUAAGAAAUGGAGCUGUAGAUGAGAGAGGUUCAGCUCCACAGUUUUGUACAAAGAAACUAACUAAAGAUGUAGCUUGGAGUAAUAUAGACAGUGUGUGUAACAUGAUCAGAAUAGCAUAAAAGUGAACACAAACUUGUCUGUAAAGUUAUUUUUGAAUUAUAAUAAGAUUACUAUAAAGAACAUGAAAUUUGAGAAA